CAGAUGCCAACAAAUCUACGAUUUUCCUGUUCUUACUGAGGUACUUGUUCUCUGACCGGCUCAUUCGUGAGCGAACCGUCUCAACAACCGGUCAUGUGUUACAGAAUGUCUGUUGGUAUUCUUUCCAUCAUCCUACAAGCUCAAAUAUUUAUACACGCUGUUACUGGUUCAGACCCUAAAACGAACGUCGAAUUUACAAGGUUUAGGAGGGAAACACCUUCCGGCGGAUGUCAGCUACCACAACAUCCGCAGAACGGGGUGUAUACCUCACCACAAUGCCUGUCCGGAGAUGAUAGAUCCGAGUGUCGCAACCUGCCCGGAACAACUGUCCCCAACAACUGGCUUCUCAAGUACCAUUGCAGUCCUAACUAUAAUCUUAGCUCUGAAGUGGGAGUUUUCUAUCUGCAACAACGGCACUUGGCAGAACCCAUUGCAUUGUCUCGGCAAUUCUGGCAGCACGACGAAUAUGUGGCUUAUUCAACUUGUCCAUCUACGUUUGGGAUUCCUUUAAUUCUGAAGGGCUCGAACAACUCACCAAAGGAGAGUACCACCCUGGGUGGGCCGGGCUCUACAAAAAGAGAGACGAGAAGUGGGGAACUGGGGGGGUUCUGUGCUGGGGACUCUCAUCUCUCCACAUAUUGUGGUUAUACAG